AUGGGUCAUGGAGAUUACUUGACUCAGAAGGAGCUUUACAUCAAUGGCAAUGAUCUGCAGUGUGAGGGUGCCAUUGAGCUGCUGAGACCAGUGGCUGAAAACAGCCAAAAACUGGCAGAGAUCCAUAACGGGACCACAUCCAUCAAAGACGAGACCGAGGCGAUUUCCCAAAGGAACAAUACUACAUCCUCCAGGAGAAAGAAAGCAAAGAAGAAAGGUAAGAAGACAAAGAAGAAAAGUGAAAAAUCAAAAAGCGGACCUGAUAGUUCUAGCGGCCCACGGCUAGAGAAGCUGCACAUGUUUGAUAACUCCAUUGACAACUCAGGAACAGAAGGACCAAGUCAGCUAGGCCAGUUCCUUGAGCUCCUUUGCAUUGUAGUAAAAUUCUCCAGUCAGCUGACCGAACUGGACCUUGGUGAGAAUCACAUCGGAGAGGACGGUGGGAAAAUGAUUUUAGAGGCCCUGAGACAGAGACAAGCAGCAAAAUUACCUUCAGUUAAAAUCGAGGUUUCAACACGCAUGUCCACGGAAACACUCAGUGCCAUUUUGAGAAGUGCAAAGGAGCUGAAAUCUGGGAAAAAGAGAAGAAGAACAAAGGUGUAG